GUCAUAGCAGUUUAAGUUACAGUCUAAAGAACAUUGGAACGAAACCUUGGCGCGAUUAAGUGGCUCCUUCCCGCCAAGAAACACAGUACCACGGUGAUCAGUCAAUCAAAACAAACACAACAAGCGACAUGGAUAAGGAUUCAAGGGCAAGAGAACUGUCACUGACUCGCAGUUUACAUACGGCUCUCAAAGUUAAGGACAGUAAGACCGGAAAAGUUAUUUUAAAAGACAACGUCUUCGAAGACGCUAAACUAGAAGAGCAUAUUAACCAUAUAGAACAUUUGCAGAAGAAAGAGGAAAGCCGGUUACGAUGGGAGAAAGAAUUUAUGAAAAAAAGGUUACUUCGACGCGGUAAAUCGAAUCCAGAAUUAUUAACCUUACCACCAAUUGAAGUAGGAGGAAGACUGAGUUGCAGUCCAAGAAUUAGUAGAAGUGUAAAGAAACGCUAUAUUAAUAUGGAGGAGUUUUGUUCCGAUGAUUCCUCGCCCGAACGUAGCUUACAUUGUUCACUGGAAGAAAUUCAAGAGAAACCACGACUUAGUGUGGUCUCCACGCGGUCGUUACUCGCCUCUCACCCGCAGUCAGCAACUUUACCAGCUCUGUUAUCGCCGAGCUUGACAAGGAAGGACUCCAUGAAUGAUCCUAGAUUUAGAAAGCUGUUACAAAAUCUGGUUCCCAAGACUGAACUCAAGAAGACUAUGUCCAGCGAAAUAUAGCUUGCGAAAAUUACACAAUACUCGCGCUCGUGAAUUGGUCUAAAACAAUAGAAACAAUUUCUGUUAGAAAAAAAUUAGGUAACAUGACUUCGCCGAUUCAUAGAGAAACAUCAAUAAAUUCCUGGUUGAACGACCAAAAAAAUCGCCUUCUUGACCAAGAAAUCUUAAUAAAGUCCACAGUUACUGAA